CUGAAGCUUAUCGAGGAUGUUUUCUGCCGCUGUCGGAUGGUUCUUCCUUUUCAAAUGUAAACAAUAGGUGUAUAUUUUGAAGAUCAUUUGAAACAGCGUCUCACUGUUUCACGUUUAUAUACUUGAACAGAAGAGUAUGUGACUGAGAAACGAAUCACGCAGUUCAACAUUUCUGACUGGGUGUGUGUAGGAAUUACAAAACCGAUCACAAAGCAGAUCAUCACCACCAGAACAACCUGUUGACUCAAUGCCCAUAAUGGUUUCUGGAGUUGUACGCGUUGUCCUGUUCUCGAUCCUUGGUAUAGGCGGAUUUCUGACGCUGUUUGUAAUGUACUAUCAAUCAGCUCCAUCUCAGAUCUGCCCUCCCCAGCCUGCUUUGCCACGUCAUUACUCAAAGCCAUCUGAGAACAGCUCCUUGUCUAAGAAGCAGCCAGAGCCAGACAAGCCCAUCAUGCUGUUGUGGUUCUGGCCUGAAAACCGCAGGUUUGAUUUUAGUGAUUGCACCACUUUCUUCAACAUUGAUGGCUGCCAACUGACAGAUGACCGGUCUCUGUACAACAAGGCAGACGGGGUGCUCAUCUUUCACAAAUCCAUCAAACAUGAUUUAUCCAACUUGCCUCCAUCACCUCGACCACCAUUCCAGAAGUGGAUCUGGUAUCAUGUGGAAUCACCUACAAACACAAUUAGAAUACCUGGUUUAGAGAACCUUUUCAACUUGACCUUGAGUUAUAGGGAAGAUGCAGACAUCCCUGUACGUUGGCGCUUAACUGCAAGGAAAGGUCAGGGUGGGGACUUUGUGCUGCCCAAGAAGGAUAAAUUAGUUUGCUGGAUUGUGAGUAACAAUAACCCUGCAACUGGAACAGCAGUAAGGGAUAACUAUUACAGAGAACUUGUCAAACAUAUUAAGGUGGAUGUCUAUGGAAAAGCCUUUGCAAGAUUCUUGAGAUAUGAGGACUACUUCUCAACACUCUCCAGCUGUAAGUUCUACCUCUCCUUUGAGAACUCAGUCCACAGAGACUACAUCACUGAGAAGCUUAACGGACCACUUGUAGCAGGAACUGUGCCAGUAGUAUUGGGCCCACCGAGACAGAACUAUGAGGACUUUGUCCCGGGAGAUUCCUUCAUCCAUGUUAAUGAUUUUCCCAAUGCAAAAGCCCUGGCUGAAUUCCUCCUGAAGUUGGACAAGGAUGAUGAGGCAUAUCUGCGCUACUUUCAGUGGCGUAGAAAUUUAUUUGCUCAGCAACAUCUAAUUCAACUGAGUCAAGAGUUCAUCCAAUCUAUUUGUUAUGCCUGUGACCAUAUAGGCAAACAUAAGGAGUACAGGGUUGUUCACGAUCUUUACAAAUGGUAUUUGGUUUAAUUAGUCCCUUCUGAUGAGCUAUUAUCAUCACCCCCCCCCCCAGAUAUGAAUAUGAACAGGUCCUAAACCAUGACUAAAAAUGUUUAGAAUUACAGGAAAUUAGCUGUAAAACUGCAAAGUUCUCACUCAGCCUUAUGGCAAAGUGUGUAGAAAAGCACAAAAUGUGCUUGAAAAAUGUACAAUUCUCUCUAAAAAUAUACAAUUCUCCAGCAUGAGAUCACCUAUUAAACUUCACAUGUUUUUGCGAAACUGCGGUAGGCCACUGAUUAUCAUCAUAUUGUCUAUAUGCUAUUUUUCUUUAGGAAAUAUUUUGGUAGAAUGUACUACUCUGCUGAGUGCACUCAUUGCGACACAUUGAGUUUCAUUGUAGGUCUAUUUGGCGGGGAAACAGUGAAGCCAGCUGUAGCCUGUUUCUGUUCAUUAGUCUUUUUUUAAAAAGUAAAGUGAAACAAAGCUAUGUCUGUUGCUUUUCAUUAAAUCGUAUGGCUGUUACUUAGGCUUUGGUCUAAAAUAAAUUAGUUUAGAAGGGCAGAUUUGAAGGCUUAUAUGUUGUAUUAUAGGCUAACGAAUUUGUGAAAAUGAACAUUUCCAACGAAAAUAUUCGGACUUGGCAAAAGGCUGACAUUUUUUUUUCGUUUCAAUUAAAAAAGAUAUACUCGCAUGACAAUAGAAAUGGAAAAUUGUGAUUUGUGAUUUUAUAGACAAAUUAUGAAAGCGACGGAGUCCAUCGGUUACUGCGCUCUCACCAUCAUCAAUAUCAUUAUUUAUAUUUUUGAAAUUCACCAAAUAUUUUUUUUAUAAAUACACAAAUAAAAACAUUGCGGUAUGUGUAAAUAUAAUAUAAAAUAUUAUAUUUCUCAGAAGUUAUAUGCAUUAUGUGUGUAGGUUUGAGUGAGAGGCAAGAGAGAAAAUAGAGAAGGGAUGUGUCUGAUGAAUCAGGAAUCAAGGGUUUUGCACCAAAUAUCAACAUUUAAAGGAGUUUAUAUUCUGCUUGUAUAGUUGCAUCUGUGCCAUCUGACAUUGUUUUUCCAUUGGAAUGUGGUUGUGCUAAUAGAUGGUUGAAAGCACAGUAAUUACACAUUAGACAUUUAACUAACUUUUGGCUGUUUUUUUGAGUGGGUGAAUAAAUCUUAAAAUCUCAUUUAUCAACAUCACUCUCAACCAAAUAUUACCCAAUUAUCCAGGUGGAAAUGACGUGGUGUGCCCAGUGAGUAGAACCUGAAAGCAUUGUGGAUUUGUUUGCUAAUCCUGCUCUUCAUAGUUCAGUGAAAAUGCCAAUGUUUACAAAUAACUUUCCUGACCUCAUUCGACAUUUAAACAAAGAGUUCCUGGUUUAUAUUAUAUUGUACGCUAAUUAGUAAUGAGUACCGAUAUAUAAAAUCGACUGUAUAUCGAUUUUUUCCGAUGGACCUAAAAUGUGUAAAAUGAGGCUCUAUAUAUCGUGUUAUAAAAUAUGCGAAUGCGUGAAUGUUCCCUUUUCUGAUAACUUCCAUGUCUACUUAAAGUCGAGACAGCUGCUUGUUGAUUGUCCACCAUCUCUCUAUGUUAUGUGUAGGGUACAAUAUGCAGCUUCAGCAUAUGGCGCGUGGAGAGAGGAAUUAUUAUUUAUUUGGUAUUUUAUUAUGAUUCCCAUUGGCUGUUGCGAAAGCAGCAGCUACUCUUCCUGGGGUCCACACAAAACAUGAAAUAUGACAGAACUUUAAUAGACAAGGUCAGCUCAAGGACAGAAAUGCAUACAUUUAAAAACGGAACUCAUAGCCUUCACAUUGUUUUACAAUUUAAACUCCCGAUCACAACUGGUCGCUAUCAGAGUCCAAAUAGGCUGGCGCACAAUUGGCCCAGCGUCGUCCGGGUUAGGGAAGGGUUUGGCCGGGUAGGCCAUCAUUGUAAAAUAUUAAUUUGUUCUUAACGGACUUGUCCGUUAAGGUUCAAUUAACGUGAAUAAAAAUAUAAAAAACAUCAAUACACACAGUGCAUUGUGAAAGUAUUCAUACUCCUUGACUUUUCUCACAUUUAGUUUUGUUACAGCCUAAUUCUAAAAUCGAUUAAAUACAUUUGUUUUCUUCAUCAAUCUACACACAAUACCCGAUAAUGACAAAAGAAAAAACAGGUUUGAAGAAAUCUUUGCAAAUGCAUUAAAUAAGAAAGAAAUUAAAACAUUUACUAAAUAUUUAGACCCCUUGUACUUUGUUGAAGCACCUUAGGCAGGGAUUACAGUCUCAAUUAUUUUUGGGUAGGAUGCUACAAGCUUAGGACACCUGUAUUUUGGUAGUUUCUCCCAUUCUUCUCUGCAGAGCCUCUCAAACUCUGUCAGGUUGGAUGGGGAGCGUCACUGCACAGCUAUUUUCAGGUCUCUCCAGAGAUGUUCGAUCGGGUUCAAGUCCAGGC